GGGUAUGUGGUGCUAUGGCUUUGCACACCACACCAACAGCACACUUGUACCAACACGAGAGACCCUCAUAGAGAGUCGAUCUGCAAAAUUUGCAUUCUGCAUUGACGCAACAGACAGUCCCGCAAGCUGCCAGUGUGUUGAUUUGUCUGAGCAAUUCGUCUGCAGCUAAUAGCGCGUCUUAAAAUUAAUUAUAUUUCCUGAUUUGAGGGAGUAUUCAAAUCAUUUUGCCAGAAAGCUACAGAGCUCGUCAAUAGUGCGGAGGAGCAAUCCUCAGCGAGCUGAAAAUAAAUUCCAAUGGUGCGCAUGGUAGCAAAAUGAAUAGUUCCAAGGUGCAAGCAGGAUCUUCAUCCCUUUCAGAAAAGGAACUGGCGUGUCUGGGCUACUUUGAAAACAACCAGAAUGCAGACGACGCUUGCGUUUUGGUUGUCAGUUACGAAUUCAAAGAUGAUGCCGAAAUGAGGCGAUAUGGCAAUGAAAAGGAUCUAGAAAAUUUAAGAAAAUCUUUUAAGGAGAAGAGGAAAUGUCGAUACAAAGAACUGACGUCACCCACAGCUGAAGAUUUCCUUACAAUAUUAGCAAACGAGGAAGAACUUCUCAAGCUCUUCAAUAUAUCAACUGUUCCCUCUGCAUUUUUUCUCAUCAUCUUGUCGCACGGAGCAGAAAACAAUAUUAUCCUGACAGACCACAAGAACGAGUGUGGAUAUCACGAAUUCUUCCUGACCAGUCUAGUGGUGGAGGCAAUUAAGAGGUCACCAAACCUGCGAGUACAACUCAAUGUCAUUUUCUUUGGUCCUUGCAGGGGAUUUCUCACGGACAUGGCUCAUCGAGAAAUGAAAAAACAUGAGGAUUACAGAAACCAAACUUCAAGCAGGUUGACCAACAUGCCCGGUGCUGAGAAUUUUGUCAUCGUCUAUUCCACAGUCGAAACGACUUUUCACAUCAGAGACACGUCUAAAGGCACGUGGUUGGUGCAGGGAAUUUGCACUUUGUUGGAUGAUCUUGAAAAAGACGAGCCGUUGGAGGUUUUUCUCACCAAAUUGCAACAUUGGAUCCAUGGCAAGUUAAUAGGGGUAGGCCAGACACCCGAGGUCAAAUACACUCGGCACAGGAAAUUCGUGAUUUUCAAGGCAACAAAGCCAGAAGUUGUUGGCGAAACACAAUCAGGUGGUAAAGGAGGGAAAGGAACCUACCUUGAAAAUAGCAUAACUGCCAAACGAUCAGCGUUCUUCCAAUGGCGUACAAAACACGGAAUGUACCUGCGAGAGAAAUGGGCAGAGAUUUUCACUGCUAGGGUGUCUGAUCCGAAUGUUAAGUGCGUGGAAAAGGCGCUGCGUAAAAAUUUAGGAUUUACGACCAACAUUCUCGAAAACAGCAAAACAAAUUUGAAAUCACUUAUUCAGAAAACACAAGGAGAGCAGGGUGAAGUCGGUUGUUUUUUGGCCGUCUUUUUUGCUCCGCUGUUUUUAAACGAAGAGAACGAGGUUUGCGUUCUCAUUGGAAACACUUUCGUCAAAAUCGGAGACCUUGUCUACAAAUUCCUAGGACCAGGAAAUAAGAUGUGGAUUGGGAGGCCAAAAUUAUUCUUCUUCGUGGAUCAAACAAUUGAUUUUGACAACUUCACAACAGUACCGACGUCACUGACUCUGGAAGCAAAAAGGCAUUCAGGUGGCUCUGGAAAUGUACCGACGUCACUGACUCUGGAAGCAAAAAGGCAUUCAGGUGGCUCUGGAAAUGUACCGACGUCACUGACUCCGGAAGCAAAAAGGCAUUCAGGUGGCUCUGGAAAUGAGAAGUAUGUACAAAAACUGGAGUUGGACGGAACAAACCAUUCAGGUUAUUUCAUUUGCAUCCUAAAGGAUUCUGAUCGGCUGAUACAGGUUUUCGAAAAUCCUGAUCUGAAAAACGAUGCAAACAUCUUAGAACUGACUCUGGAUCUUGUCAGGAACAAACGUGAUUUGUUGGACACGGUGUUACCUCAAGUUUCAUCCACUCUUCACUGUUUGCUCAACUUUGAAAACAAGCCUGCAUGCUUCGUGGAGCCCACCUUCAAAACUUCCGUUUCAAAACGAACUAUCAACUCGGCAGGGAUGACGAGACUAGGUGUGAUGGGCUCUAAAAUAGAUGAGGAAAAUGAAAAGCAAUUGACAUUUCAACAACUGUUGGAAAAGUUAGGAUUGCAUUUGAUUGAAAACCAGAAUGAAGAAGAUUACACCGUUUGCAUCAUUUCUUCGCUUCCUGGUUCAGGAAAAUCUACAGUCGUUAAGGAGCUUGCAUGCCAUUUAUCACGAAACCAAAAUAAAAGAAAAAUUGUUUCCAUUCAACUCAAAGAGAAAUUCGAGUACUUAUCGAGUACAAACAAACCAACAAUCAACGAAUUUCUAAAAUAUGCACUUGGAUUCGGCAUAAAUGACAAGCUUGUUUUGCUCCUUGAUGGUUUUAAUGAGAUUUGUCCAAUGCUACGCGAUAAACUGUUAGACAUGUUAUUGAAUGCAGUCCAAUGUAAAAUUCCUCUACUUAUUACAACUCAAUAUCAAGAGGAAGGAAUUAUCAUGGAGACUCUGGAAAAUGUGUCCAAGUUCAAAGUGGAAAUAGAGCCAUUAAGUGAAACUGACCAAUUAGGUCUCCUCGAAAUGAAAGCUUUAUUGAACUAUGAAGACUGCACAGAGUUCUUCCAGAAAAUGAAAAAUCUUGGAGUAUCUGAUGUGCUCAAAAAUCCUUUACAUUUGAUUCUUACUACUGAAAUGUGGAUGGAAAAUAGAAAUUCUUUUUCUACUUCAUAUCGUACCUGCAACAAUAUAAUUCAGUGCAUUAUUGAAUACAAUAUCAAAAAAAAUUUGGGAAUAAAUAAACGAAUCAAUGUAAUAAGAUUUUCAAAAGCAUUUGUUGAAGUAGAAGAUUUACUUCAAGAUUUGGCGAUUCAAAAGGUUCUUUCCGAUCGAAAUCGAAAGUGGAGUGUCCAAGAUAUGGAAGCCAUCAAUAACUCUGGGUUAGCCUCAAUAAGUGAAAAUAACUCUAGAUUUGUUAACGAUGUGUAUGCACAGUUACUUAUUACCAAUAAGUACGUGAAAGAUAUUAAUGAAAGAAACGAAUCGGGAAUUCAAAUCUUAAAAAAAAAAAAUUUGAGACAAUGCCGAAAGUUUUACGAUAGCUUUCUUUCAACUGUAUAUUCUGAUGAUAGCACUCAUUAUAUCAAAUUGAAUAACUAUCUUAGAAGUGAUUCCAUCAAGGAAAUUCUCAACAUUGUUGUCAAGGAGGAUCUGAAGAAUAUACAUCAAUUUAUUGAGCCAUCUAUUGAAAAAUUAGCCAAGAAUUCUACCUUUGUUGCACCUCGAUUCACAAGUUUGUUAAGUAAUAUUUCAAAGAAGGACACAAAAAACCAAAUUCUUAAUGAAUUGCGUGAAAGUUCAAGUUCAAUGAGCCAAAAUCGUUCCAACUUGCUCGAGACGCAUGAACCAAAUGAGAAAAAUUUGACAUUUGACGAACUGAAACAAGAGAUGAAGCUGCAGCUGUUGGACUCUGGAGAGCAAGAUUACUGCGUGUGGCUUUUCUCGUCGCUGCCUGGUUCGGGAAAGUCAACAGUUCUCCUAGAAAUUGCGAAUUAUCUAAACAAGGAGCCAACGGACAAAACAAUCUUCAACAUCCAACUGCAGCAAUAUUACGAAUAUUUUUACAGCGAACGGUCUCCUAACAUUGUAAAUUUACUAUCCAAAUCCACUGAGAUGAGCCACAAUGAUGCGAAAAAAUUAGUGCAAGAGAGGAAAUCAGUUGUGUUUCUGGACGGUUUCGAUGAAAUUUGCCCUGAUUUACGAGUGAAAGUGAUGAAUAUAAUUAAAGAUGUGACCAAAAUGAAGAUGCCACUGGUGAUCGCAACAAGGCCUGAGGAAGAAGAAACCCUUUUAAAGUCACUAGACUGGCUAUCAACGAGGAAGAUUGUAAUCAAACCUCUUGAGAGGGAAGAACAACUCGAACUUCUUUUGAAUUUGGGAAAAAAGGAUUGUGAAAAACUCUUUAAUCUCUUUGAAACAUCUGGUGCUACUGACAUUCUCAAGAACCCGUUCCAUUUGUCUUUGAUAAGUGGCGUGAACCUGCAAUCAGAUCAGGGAAUAUUUUGUAUCUACGAGAAGGUGAUUAAAAAGAAAGUUACAGAAGCAUUGCAAACUUCGAAGGAAAGCAGAACACCAAAAGACUUCGUGGUUGACGAGCGAAUUCAACUUUUGCAGGAAAUCUCACUAAGAUUUCUUCUAAAUGAUGGCUCAAUUCCCCCUCCAACAGACGUCAAUUUAAUCAACAACACUGGCGUCGCAUCAAUGGAAGAAGGGAAAAUACGAUUUGUUCACCAAACGUUUGCUGAAUUUCUCGUUGCCCAGCGCUUUAUUCAAGAAAUAGAAUUCGAAUCAGCGUCUUCGAUUCCAAUAUUCCAAAACGCCAACUUAAGGCAGUGCCGCGUUUUCAUAAACAGUUAUAUUUCUCAGAAUACCACUUUUAGUGACAAUUUGAGCAUUUUCUUCGAUCAAAGCCAAAAUGUUGACAUUCAUAGCAUUUUGCGUGAACAACUUGAUCACAUUCUUCAGGAGUUGAAACCUAAUCUGAAAAACCUGCUCAAUAGCGGCGAUAUAAAUAAACGGGAUACAAACGGGAAUACGCUUCUCACUUUGGCAGCUCAAUUUUCAAGCGAAGAAAUUUGUCGAUUAUUGGUUGAAAACGGCGCUGAUUUGAGUGCGGUGGACGAAGACGGAAACGACGCUUUGCAUUGUGCCUGCAUCGGAGGGAAAUUGGAAAAUAUCAAGUAUUUGUUGGGAUUAAAUGGCUUCAGCGUGGAAAAGAAAAGCCGGUACGGAAAAACGGCUCUUCAUAUGGCUGCUGAAAAUGAUCACGUUGCAAUGGCCGAAUUUCUUCUUUCAAAAGGAGCAAACGUCAACGUUCGUGACGAUUAUACUUCCACGCCAUUCAUUUUAGCAGCUCAAUUUUCAUGCGAAGAAAUGUGUCGCUUGUUAGUUGAAAACGGCGCUGAUUUGAGUGCGGUCGACAAAUACGGACACGACGCUUUGCAUUUGGCCUGCCUCGGAGGGAAAUUGCACAUUGCCAAAUACUUGCUGGGUUUAAAUGAUUUCAGCGUUGAAAUGAAAGGCCGUGACGAAAAAACGGCUCUUCAUAUGGCUGCUUAUAAAGGUCACGUCGCAGUGGCCGAAUUUCUUCUUUCAAAAGGAGCAAAAGUCAACGCUCGUGACGAAAAUAAUAAGACGCCUCUCGCUUCCGCAGCUCAAUUUUCAAGCGAAGAAAUGUGUCGAUUCUUGGUGGGAAAAGACGCUGAUUUGAGUGCAGUGGACAAUUACGGAGACGACGCUCUGCAUUUGGCCUGCCAAGGCGGGAAAUUGCACAAUGCCAAGUACUUGUUGGGAUUAAAUGGCUUCAGCGUGGAAAAGAAAGGCCACUUAGGAAGAACGGCUCUUCAUUGUGCUGCUUUUAAUGGUCACGUUGCAGUGGCCGAAUUUCUUCUUUCAAAAGGAGCAAACGUAAACGCUCGUGACAAUAAGAAUUACACGCCUUUCAUUUUAGCAGCUCAGUUUUCAUACGAAGAAAUGUGUCAAUUAUUGGUGGAAAACGGCGCUGAUUUGAGUGCGGUGGCAAAUACGGAAACGACGCUUUGCAUUUGGCCUGCCUCGGAGGGAAAUUGGACAAUUCCAAGUAUUUGUUGGGAUUAAAUGGCUUCAACGUAGAAAAGAAAGGCGGAUGGGGACGAACGGCUCUUCAUUGUGCUGCUCAAAAUGGUCGCGUUGCAGUGGCCGAAUUUCUUCUUUCAAAAGGAGCAAACGUCAACGCUCGUGACGAUGAUAAUAGAACGCCUCACACGGUGGCAGCUACAUCAGGAAGCAAAGAAAUGUAUCAAUUGUUGCACAACUAUUCUGAUUAUAAGGAAUAUUGAGAUAUUGAAUUAAAAUUAUGAAAUACACAAAUAUAUCAAUCCCCAUAACACCCUGCCUUCCUUUUAUUUUGCCUGUGACUUUAUUCUAACUCUAAUUUUUAUAUUUUUCUCGCAAUGCAAUGAAACAGCAAAAUAUCUAUACUAAAAUCUAGGCAACGCGUUGGACAGGCAGGUUGCAUAAUUCAAUCAAUGAAUAAUGCCAGAUCAAAUGAAGAGUUGCAAGUAUUAGUGGAAAUCGAUUAACGGUCAUAAAUUAUGACUCAUAAUUUAAAUAUUUUUUGGAACUCUAUUAAUGGGUGAUUAAAAUAAUAUACAUUCUACCGUUAAUUAUCCCUUUUUUCUUAUAUUUUCGGGUCUAAAAGACUCAAGAAUUUUGUAUCCUCCCUGGAAAGAUGUAUCAGUUUAGAAUAAAUUUAAGUAAUUUUUUAAUUCAUGUAUACUUUGAAAUGCUAUCAAAUUUAAACUCACGGGAGAGAUAAAUAAAAAGUAGCAUUAUAGUGGAAUCAAAGCAGCACGAUUCCACAGUCGCAGUUUUAAAUUUUUUAGGUCACUGUGUUUUGAUGAAAUUAAUUCAAUGCAAUAGACGGUUGCAAGAAAUGGAAAAAAAUAGGCAACCUGCGCAACAUCAGCGUUGCGCCGGUUGCAUUCGCAGUUCAUUGAAGGUAAGAAAUCGAUUGCGGGCAAAAAGCUUGAGAGAUAUUUCGAAAAUUAAAUUAUUAUCCUGCGCCAGGAUUGGAAUUUCCUCAAAAAAAUGGCACGGGGCGAUUCAUUGACAAGCAGUCACUGAAACUUUCUCGAGGCUGUAAUGUCAAUGUUACAAUGAAGACAAACUUUGUGAAAUCUGUUUACGAGAGAAACUUGAGGUCUCAGACAUAUUCGUUCUUGAUUUGGCCUCAGCAGAAACAGAUAAAAUAAUUCCCAGUGCAUUUAUUUCAUUCUAAAAGUACGUCGCUCCACUAACAAAUUGAAAACGAGCAUUUAUUCUCAUCCUGAUUGCGACAAUAUUUGCUGCCCGAUCUGGAAGUUGAAACGGACGAAGGAAACUUUAUUUUGCUGGAUUUGAAUGUCUGGCCUGCAUGUUAAAAAAAUUAAUAUAUAAUUUAUAAUAUAAAAUGUAACUUUUCAUGUCAUUUGUAAUUUAUUUCAUCGUGUUAUCAAUAUUUUCAUUUUCAAUAAAUAGACAUUAAGUUCAUAUUUUUCAACUUUCUUUUUCUGGAUUCGGCUGAAAGUGAAUU